CCUGAAUCUUCCACUACAUCCGGUCUCUGCGUAGCUUCUUCCUGUUAGCUAGCGCUGUUCUCUCAUGUUGCCUUGCUAAGCGCUCUGUUACAAUAAUUAAACUUUUACAGUUGUGUAAGAUAAAAUAAGCAAACAUGGCAGACGCCAUUCAGAAGAAAUUAAAAGCGGAAGUAGAAAAGUAUGCACAAAUGCAGAAAGAUGUUAGCAAGAACAUGUCAGCCAGACAGAAACUGGAGACGCAGCUGACAGAGAACAACAUUGUUAAAGAGGAGCUGGAUCUGCUCGACAGCUCAAACACCAUCUAUAAACUUAUCGGUCCUGUUUUAGUGAAACAAGAUCUGGAUGAGGCCAAAGCCACCGUGGCUAAAAGACUGGAGUACAUCAACGGGGAAGUUCAGAGGUACGAGACGCUGCUGAAGGACAUGGAGAAGAAAUCCGAACAGCACAGAGAACUUCUGACCGUCUUACAGCAGGAGCUGCAGAAAGCUCAAGGCCUCACUCCUGGGAAAUUAUGAUCACACACACACACACACACACACACAGCAGAGUGGGUAAUGAUGUAAUGUUAACCUGCAGCUCCGAGCACAUCUGCUCGUCCUUCUUAUGGUGGCUUUUCUGUUAAUAAACGUCUUUUUUUUCAUGAAAUAA